AUGGCUGCGGGAGAGGCCCACGCGCUGUGCAUCGUGUUGUACGAGCCGCAGGCGGAGAAGCCCUUCGCGGAAUGGGUGGCGUCCGAUGCGGUGCGGCAGGGAUUGAAGGAUGAAAUUGACGAGGUGAUCACCGCCGCCAUUCCGCAGGAAGCUGGUGAUAGUGUUGGCGUCGCCAGUGCAGAUACGGCGUCGCCGACACAGAACAUCCCCAUGGCGCUCAUAGCGAGCACGCUGGCGGCGCAACAGGAGGUCAAUGACCGUCGUCGCACAAGCGGCGCGGAGCAGCAGCAGCCGCUGCUACUGUGCCUCGUCGUCAUAGUUUUUUGGGACGGCCAAGCCGAGGCUAGCAAAGCCGCCCUGGCGCAGCUGAAGCAGUUGGGCGAUAAGAAAUGGGUGGCAUCACACGUGCCACUGUGGGUGGAGCAUGUGGAAGUUCUGGUACAGGCCCUGAACGCGAAGCGUGGCGCUGCAAGCAUCAUGAACAACAAGGUUGCUCUCGUCGCCAGUUUGCGCAAGAAGCUUCAGGCGUCCGCCAUGGCGACGAAGGGGUGGUGGCGAGAGGGUGCGCUGCAGAGAGUCGGCAGAUACGCUGAUCCCAACGCUACUGCUGAGACCUUGUCGACGGCGUCUCCGGGGGCAUCGUCGAACGGCGGUGGUGACUCGUCAUCGCCUGCUGCCCUUGGCGAGGCCGACAUCUCCGUGGAUGCUGUCCGCCUCGCCGUCGACAACGGUCAAGGCGAGACGUUUUUUCUCUUGAGCGAUCGGGACCGGGCUGGGCUGGCGAGCAAGGUGGAGACGCUUAAGCAGAACUGCGAAGUGGCCGAGCUGGGGUGUGCGUCGGUAAUGAUGGAGCCGCGAGAGUUGCACCUGCUGCACGGGGCGACAGGUGCACCUGGUGCCCCGAUGAGUUCCAACGCCGGGGGCAACAGGACGACUGCCGGCGCACCGUCGCCGCCCACCGCUGCUUCCUCGUCCCCGACCACAACGUUGGUGGCGCAGGAAUUCCUGCUUCGCCGUCGAUGCCCUCCGGCUGCACUCUUCGAGUUGCGUCUGGCCAUGUGCGGGAACGUGGACAGCGGUAAGAGCACUCUCACCUCCGUGCUCACCCGCGGCUGCUGUGAUGAUGGCCGUGGGCUGGCGCGUGCCUUCGUCUUCAAGCACAAGCAGGAGGUCAUGACUGGCCGCACAUCCAGUAUCAGCGAGAACCAUCUGGGGUUCUCUGCCGAGGGUGGGGUAGUGAACUACGCGCUGUUGCAGCCGCACCGCACGGAGGCGGAGCUGCGACCUCUGGCGCCAUCGGAGGUGGCGCAGCACCUGAUGGCCUCCGCAGCAACGGCCUCCGGCGCGACACAUAGUCCAGCGGGCGGCAGUGGGGCCCACACAAUGCGUCAAUGCACUACGAAGGAGCUCGCCGCACGCAGCUCCAAGGUGGUCACGCUGUACGAUCUGGCUGGGCACGAGCGGUACCUGAAGACAACUGUGUUAGGCAUGACGCGCAACAUGCCUGACUACGCGUGCAUUGUCAUCAGCGCCAACAACGGCAUUCAGCGGAUGACGAAGGAACAUCUGGCGUUGUGCCUGGCGCUGAAGCUGCCUUUCUUCAUUGUCGUCACUCGUAUCGAUGCAACCCCGUCGAACAUCCAUGAUGAGACGCUAUCGAACAUCCACAGGCUGCUUAAGAUUCCGACCGUGCGCAAGCUUCCCUACCCGGUGCGGCGACAUGACGAGGUGACUCUUGCAGCCAAGAACCUGCGCCAUGACCGCAUUACCCCGAUCUUCGAAGUCAGCAACGUUACCGGUGUUGGCAUCCCUGACGUGCUGCAAUUCCUUAACUUGCUCCCGACUCGGAAGGACUGGCGGCAGGCACGCAGCAUGCCAAAGGAGAUGAUCAUUGACAGCACAUUCUUUGUCACCGGUGUCGGCACCGUCGUGGGGGGCAUCAUCACACAGGGCGUUUUCCGCGUGAACGAAACGGUGCUGCUGGGGCCAGACGGCUUUGGGAACUUCCGCCCUGUGGUCAUCAAGUCCAUUCACAUCAAAGGCGUCGACUCCCUCGCCGCCGAGGCGGGAACAGAUGCGGCGCUGUGUCUCAAGAAGGAAAAGCGUAGCGCCAUUCGGAAAGGCAACGUCCUGGUCGACGCUGCUCAUUCGCCUAAGUCGUUCUGGCAGUUCGAGGCAGAGAUAAUCAUCCUCUACCACUCAACGACGAUCACCGCAAACUACGAACCAGUCAUUCACUCCACGACAGUGCGGCAGUCGGCUCGCAUUACCUACGUUGCGCAGGAGGUGCUACGCACCGGUGACAAGUCUCUCGCGCGCUUCCACUUUCUCUACCGUCCCGAGUACAUGAAAGAGGGACAGCGAUUAAUUUUCCGCGAAGGUCGCACCAAAGGUAUCGGCAUCGUUACGAAGCUGAUCUGUGAGCCGAAUGACCUUGUGUUGGCCAAGAACAAACUGCGCAAGAAGAUGCAGGAGAAGCUGCAUGCCCCGGUAGGGGCCAAGUAA